GAGGUCAAGAAACAACUCAAGGACCUCAGCCUAAAAGUACAGACAACUGUUCAACCCGUGUUCUUUAGCCGUAAAGUCAACCAAGACCUAAAAGUAGGAAAGAAAAAGCCACAGACAGUAAACCAACAACUGGCUGUUUAUCGUUUUCAAUGUGACUUGUGUGAUGCAGGUUAUGUGGGCUAUUCGCGCGGACACUUAAACGUACGUAAACAACGGUUAUUUUCUCUAUAUAAACAAUUCCAGGACAAACAUAGCCAGGUCCCUGAAGACCCAAUGAGGCCCUUCGAUGUUCUAAAGAAAUGUAAAAAUAAAUUCGAUUGCCUGGUGCACGAGAUCCUAUUCAUCAGAGAACUAAAAGCCAACUCCGAACGUGCAAUCCGACUCUAUCCGUGUUAA